AUGGGUUGGGUCCAUAAUCUCGAAGAACCCGAUCCAAACAACCACAUCGCCCGUGUCAUUGCAGUAUGCAUGACCUUUGCGAGUGCGGCCCUGAUCGCCGUGGCCCUGCGCUUCCACAUCCGCAUCUGGGUGAAGAAGGCUGUUUGGAUUGAUGAUUAUGCUGCGCUGCUGAGUGCUGCCCUUGCAAUGGCGUAUGCCUGUGUUGCUGUUGCUCAAACCCGCUGGGGCCUAGGGCUAAACGCUGACUACUUCCCCCCGGCAAACGACAUCCCGUUCAGCAAGAUGCAGUAUGCCGGCGGGCCCAUCUACACCCUCUCCCUGCUCGGCUUCAAGAUCUCGCUGCUGGCGUCGUAUCUGCGCAUCGGCGGGUUCGUCAAGAUGUACCGCCUCGUCAUCCAUCUCGCCCUUGUGGCUUGUAUCUGUAACCAGAUUAUUUUCACAUUUGUGCUGUCGUUCGGCUGUAAUCCGGUUGCGAAGCAAUGGGACCCGUCGAUUCCGGGGAGUUGCAUUAAUACCGUGGCCUCAUAUUAUGCGCUUGCGGGCACGAGUUUGGGGUUCGAUGUUAUUAUCAUUGCCCUCCCGUUGCCGAUUCUUCUGCGCUUGCAGCUGAAGUUGCGGCAGAAGAUCUUCCUCGCAGUCCUCUUCGGUCUCGGCUUCUUCGUCACAAUCAUCCAGAUCAUCCGCGUCUUCACAAUAAAGAACCUGCAGACGUAUACAGAUAGUCAGCCGAUUAUCAUCUGGUCGAUUGUGGAGAUUAGCCUUGGAGUAAUAAUAAGCUGCGUCCCAACGUACGGUCCAUACGUGCGCGCCCUCGCAAUCAACAUGUCCUCGUACAAGCGCAGCAGACGCCCAACAUACGAUGCCUCCGGACAAUCCGGGGCAUUUGGACUCGGUCGGUCUGGCAGGUCAGGAGGAGCGUCGUAUAAUGUGUCGUCGCGGAAUCCGCCGAGUCGGGUUUACGAUAAUACCGUGCCCAUGACGGGGAUUGUGGGCUCGCCUAGUGUGCGCGAUAAGAAUUACUCGACCGAGAGUAUCCUGGCGGAUCGGGAUAUGGGCGGGGUGAGGGAUAGUGAUGAGGAUGAUCUUGGGAAUGGCCAUAACCAUAACCACAACCAUGGCCGUGGGCGGGGGGAUAGGAACAAGGAGAUUCAUAUUGCCACGGAGGUGAGGGUUGAGAGGGGCCCGAGGGGGGAAGGGGAAUGA